AUGACUUUAAUAUUCCAUGCGAGAGCGCGAAUGCUCUGGGGCCAUGCGCCUCGUGUGCGGUCGGCAGCUGCUUUCCGACGCAGUCUUGCCACUGUCUCCGACUUGCCCGCAAGACCCUUCGUGGACGUCGUCGUAAUCGGAGGAGGGCAUGCCGGAUGUGAAGCCUCAGCAGCAGCCGCACGAACGGGCGCGAGAACGAUGCUCGUCACGCCAUCAUACGACAACCUGGGAGUAUGCAGCUGCAAUCCAUCUUUCGGCGGAAUCGGAAAAGGAACGAUGCUACGAGAGAUCGAUGCCUUGGAUGGCCUCGUUGGAAGGAUUACGGAUAAAGCUGGAGUGCAGUUCAGAGUGCUGAAUAAGAAGAAAGGACCGGCAGUAUGGGGACCUCGCGCGCAGAUUGAUCGAGCGCUGUACAAGAAGCAUAUGCGGGAAGAGAUGACCCAUUAUGCUGGACUGGAGGUGAAGGAGGGCAAGGUUGCGGACAUCAUCGUUGAUCGAUCCCCAGCUGCUGCGACCGAGGGUCGGCAUGGGAGGAUCACAGGUGUCAGGUUGGAGUCGGGCGAAGUGAUUGAUACGGAAAAGGUGGUAAUAACGACUGGGACAUUUCUGGGUGGCGAGAUACACAUCGGGUUGGAGGUCUUCCCAUCAGGGAGAAUGGGCGAAGCUGCCACAUUCGGGUUGUCAAAAUCUCUACGAGAAGCAGGCUUCAAGUUGGGACGACUAAAGACAGGGACACCUCCACGGCUGGACCGAAAGACGAUUGAUUUCUCAAAACUGGACGUACAACCAGGCGACGAUCCGCCUACUCCAUUCUCAUACCUCAACGAUCGAGUCGCGGUCGAAAAGCAGCUGGACUGCCAUAGCACCUUCACUAAUCCGACAGCCCACGAAAUUAUCCGACAGAAUCUUGAUAAAAGCAUACAUAUCCGGGAAACCGUAAAGGGGCCACGAUAUUGUCCUUCACUCGAAAGCAAAGUCUUGCGGUUCGCAUCCAAGGCAAGCCACCUCAUCUGGCUCGAACCCGAAGGCUUCGACAACGAUGUCAUCUACCCCAACGGCGUCAGCAUGACCGUCCCAGCCGAAGCCCAAGAAGCCAUGCUCCGCGCCUGCGUCGGUCUCGAAAAUGUGACAAUGACGCAACCCGGCUAUGGUGUCGAAUAUGACUAUGUGGACCCGCGCAGCCUGAAGUCCACCCUUGAGACGAAAGCCAUCACUGGCCUCUUCCUCGCCGGCCAAAUUAACGGCACGACCGGCUAUGAAGAAGCCGCAGCACAGGGCAUCGUCGCGGGUAUCAACGCCGGCAAUUCUGCCGUCGGACGUCCCGCGUUCACCAUGUCCCGCGCCGACAGCUAUAUCGGCAUCAUGAUCGACGACCUCGUCACGAAAGGCGUUUCCGAACCUUACCGCAUGUUCACCUCCCGCAGCGAAUACCGCAUGUCCGCUCGCGCCGACAAUGCUGAUCUCAGGCUCACCGAAAAGGGGCGUGAAGCCGGUGUUAUCAGCGACACUCGCUGGUCAGCAUUCACAGACGAACGUGACCAAAUGGCAUCCCUCCGUGCCCUCCUCGAAGCGAAAAUUCUCAGCUCUCAAUCCUGGAUCGAAGCGGGAUUCCCUGUUCGCAGCGAUAGUACGAAACGAUCCGCUUUCGACCUCUUGCGACACAACAACAUUUCUGUCACAUCCCUGCUGGACCUCAUCCCUGAGAUCUCGCAAUACUCCGAACGCAUCCGCACGAGACUCAACAUCGAAGGCGUCUACGCGCCGUACAUCACGCAGCAAGCUACCACUGCUGCUGCCUUCGCGAAAGAUGAAGCGCUGUUGUUGCCGCCGGACAUUAAUUACGAGACGAUUCAUGCGUUGAGUACGGAGGAGAAGAGAGUGCUUGCUGAGACGAGGCCGGAGAGCGUAGGACAAGCGAGAAGGGUGGAGGGCGUCACGCCGAAGGGAGCCUUGGGAUUGCUGGCGCAUGUGAGGGGAACCUGGAGAAGGGAACAGCAGGCGAUGAAGGGCAGGAGGGGUGUGCCACCGUUGAAGGAGGUGGUUGAGGCGCCAUUGCCGGGAAGGGAGGACGAAGUCGUUGCGUGA